AUGUUUGAAGAAAUACUAAUUGUAAACUUGCUUGAUAAAUAUCAAUUUAAAAGUUUGCAUAGAAUAUUAGAUGGUAGAGACACAAAAAGAUUAAAAGCAUCUUGGCUUAAAGAACUAGAUGAUGGUAGUAUGUUGCUUGAACUGUCUAAAGAAAAAAACUAUGCAGAAGGAAUUAAAGAUCCAUAUGCAAAAUCUGAAAAUAGUUUAAUAUCAGCUGAUAUUUCAGAAAAUAUUUAUAUUCCAGUUGCUGUCAUUCGAAAAUAUUUAUCUAAACAUCUAAACAAUGUUGUUGAUGAUUAUUUUUUUAGUUCAAUAAAUACUCCUAAGAAAGUAUAUCAUGGUGAUUGGUAUUUAAUAUCAAAAUUAGGAAAAGAAUCACAUGAUACUACAAUGCAUAAUAUUUGUAAAGAUGCUAAGCUGGAUUUUAAAGACCAUUCUAUUACUAAUUAUUCUAUGCAAUUUAUAAAUAUUCAUAAUCUUAUUCUACUUCUAAAUUAUAUUAAUAAAGAAUUUUUCAAAGCAUCUGAUUUACUUUUCAGUAAAUUUAAUGAAAUUGAUUCUGAAGCUAAUGUUAAUAAUGGACCCAAAACCAAAGUUGAUAAUAAAUCUGAAGCUAAAACUAAUAAUGAGAUCAAUUCUG